AGCACGAUGCGGCCCGCGCAGGAGCUGGUGGUGCAGAACCGGGCCCGCCCGUUCAGCAGCCGCACCACGGGGGCGGCUCGCUCGUCCAGGCCGCCUCUCCGGCUGCCGUCCGGCCGCGCCAGCCGCUGCGCCUUGUGCAGCCCGAACGCCGCCAUCGCCGGCCGCAGGAACCCGACGGGAGCCGCCGCGGACAAACCUCCGCAGGCGAAGGCCGAGGGCGGAGCGCAGGGCGCCCUUUGUCCCGCCCGCCCCCCGCUGCCCCCGCACCGCCGCCGCUCGGCCGUGGUCGCUGUCCGGGGCAGGAGCUGCAGAGGUACGCGGUGCGCGGGGGGCUCCCCGCGGGCUCCGGGACCCGGUCCCGCCCCGGGCAACGGGACGGGCCGCUGCGGAGCGGGGAGGGGGAGCUGGCGGCGGAGCUGCGCUGCCCGUGCCUGCUGCCCCCGGUGUGCGGGGCUGCGCUCCGCGGGCCGAGCGGACACGAACCCACUGCUUCGGACCUUCCGGGCCAGCGGGAGCGCGGGACUCCCAGCGGCGGCUGCGGGGCUGGCGGGGCGUGUCCGGACCAGAGGGGCGUGUCCGGGGCGGGGCGUGUCCGGGGCGGGUCGGGGCGGGGCCAGAGGGCGUUCCCGCCGGUGCUGCGGGCGGUGUCUCCGGCCAGCACGCCCCGUCUCCCCGCCGCCGGGCCCCGCCUCCAGAGCAGUCGAUAUUCUGGUUGCUAUGGCAGCCACAAGAAAUGUGAUGAGAGCCGUCAGAGUUUUUGAAUUUGGUGGCCCUGAAGUGCUUAAACUCCAGUCAGAUGUUGUAAUUCCUGAUGCAAAAGGAAAUCAGGUGUUAAUUAAGGUCCAUGCCUGCGGGGUGAAUCCCGUGGAGACAUACAUUCGCUCUGGAAGCUACGCUAGAAAACCGGCCUUACCCUACACCCCAGGCACAGACGUGGCUGGUGUCAUCGAGGGCGUUGGGGAGCAUGUCACUGCGUUCAAGAAAGGUGACAGGGUUUUUACCACGGGCACGGUCUCUGGAGGAUAUGCAGAGUACACCCUUGCUGCCGCUGACAGAGUCUUUCCUCUGUCGGAUAAACUGGACUUCAGGCAGGGAGCGGCGAUUGGAAUACCUUACUGCACUGCUUAUCGCGCCCUGUUCCAAAAAGGACGUGCCAAGGCAGGGGAGAGCGUGCUGGUGCACGGCGCGAGUGGGGGAGUGGGAAUAGCAGCAUGUCAGAUUGCCAGAGCUUGUGGUUUGAAGGUUCUGGGCACAGCAGGAACUGAGGAAGGGAUGAACCUGAUUCUGAGAAAUGGUGCUCACCAAGCAUUUAAUCACAGAGAAGCUAAUUACAUUGAUAAAAUUAAGGAAUGCACCGGGAUGGAAGGAGUGGAUAUAAUCAUAGAAAUGCUCUCCAAUGUCAACCUCGCUGCUGACCUGCAGCUGCUGGCCCGUGCCGGAAGGGUCAUGGUUGUGGGCUGUCGAGGUCCUGUUGAGAUAAACCCAAGAGACACCAUGAGCAAAGAAUCAAGCAUCAUUGGAGUUAGUCUGUUUCUUGCAACUGAGGAGGAGAGACAGGAAUGUGCAGCGGCGCUCCUUGAUGGCAUAGCAGCGGGCUGGCUGAAACCCAGUGUGGACUCCGAGUAUCCGCUGGAGAGGGUCGUUAAGGCUCACGAAGACAUUAUUAAUAGCAGCGGUGCCCGAGGAAAGAUGGUGCUCCUUCCAUGAAGUCUUUUUCCAUUGAUUUUGUAGCUGUUCUAGCUGCACCUUCACUUAUGUGAUUCAUUGAGUGUAUGUUGUAAAACAUACUUUGAUCAGGUUUGAUGGUAACAGCAAAUUCAAGUGUACAUUAAUUACAUUAACUGAUUAACAAUCUGUUUUCUUUUUGUAAUAAGCAGAGUUGUGUAUGCUUUAAUUUUUGUAGCUUUUUUGGCUGAUGUGGGAAGAAUGAAUUUUCUCUGGUGUGGCCUUGGGAGCAGGAGAAGCUGAUACCUGUGAUCAAAUUUCAUAUUGUGCUCUAUGUGGAGUUGUAUUGAGGCCACUGUACGCCAUGCAAAAUUAAGUUCACUUUAUAAGCAAAUACACAAAUGUGUAAAACUAACCAUGUGCAUUAACUAGGGAUCUGUAAAUUCUUUCGCCACAAAAUUUGUCCUAUUCAUCUUUUGUCACCACCUUAUUUACUUGGAAUAAAAGCUUUUACUGCCAAAGUAGUUGACUCUUCAGCUCAAAAGAUGGCCAGAGAAUCUCAAAUGGAGCUGCAAUGCAGCAGAGACAGUUUAAUCUUGCUGUGCCUGACCUGGUGUCUGAGCUGGAAUGUCCCGGUUAAACCAGAUGGACUGUAACUCUGAGUGCUGGUGUUUGCUGAUUUGCAGCCACUCAUGUUGGCAGAAGCAGCUGCUGCUGUGAUGCUAAAUAGCUGGGUAGUGAGGAAUUCUGUUCUUCCUGGGACCUUUAUUACACCUGGAUCCCUGGCUGGAAUGAGGAGAAGAGGCUGCGCUGCUCCCGUGGGUGCUGCGAAUUUGUUAGUUCAUUCAUUAAUGUGUGUACAUUGUUGUCUUGUUCCAAAUUUCCAGUUAAGGAAAGACAAUUUCUUUGAUGUGUUGACUUUGUACACCCCAAAUACUAUUUGCUAUUACAGGCACUUCUGUUUAAUUAUAUAAUUCUCUAAUAAGCAGAGAAGUUACCACUUGCAGAAAAGUUUUCUCAACUUCAAGGAUGAGGUUUUCUGUUCCUUUGUGGAAAAGUGAGUCCUUAUUAAACAAACUUUUUAGAAGUAUUUUUGGCUGUGCAGGUUACUUGCUUUUUAACAUUUGGUGUGGAUUCAUAUGGAGCCCUACUGUCAUAAAUCAGCACGUGUUCUCUGAGUCGGUGUACAGUUUCCUCAGGUGGUAACUUCAUCUACCAUUUUCGAAGUUGUGAUGUUUUUCUGAACAGGCGUUCAUUUUUACUGAUGUUUUGCUUAAUCUAAAGUAAGAAAAUAAUUGGUAAAGUCUUUUGAAAUGUCUGGAUUUCUCUUGUUUGUGACCCCUUGUUAAAAUACUAAGAUAAGAGAGGGCCCCACAAUCUGUCUCUUUAUAAACCUCUUGAUCAGAUUUUAACAUUUUGUUUUAGUGGUUAAUUGACCACGAUUGUUGUGUGUGUGGUUGGGAGAAAUCAAAUCCUGACACUCCGCUUGUCUCUAGACUCUGAAAUCAAUUAAUUAUUUUACCUGCGUGUCCUCUGGGAACAGUUGCCUUCCUUUGGAAAACUGGACACUGUUCACAUUGAACUGUUGCUGACAUUUGACUGUUGUUACUGUGUUUGGCAGAUGUGUUUAAAACAUACAAAAACCCUAUGCCUGAUCUCUA